AACAAUCUCUGGUGUCAAAAAUGGCUUCUUCAUCACUAUCUUCAUAUGCCAAUUCAAUUUCUUCUCAUUAUCAUAACAAGUCAAAGAUGAAGAAUGAGAGAUUACUUCCAUACUCAUUGUUGAUCAGUUCAUCACCCAAUUUGUCAUCAAACCCUAAAAUUUCAGCCCAAUUCGUCAGCCAUCACUUUACACAGCGGCUAUCUUCAUUUUCAAGGCCUCUUACUAUCAUUUCCAUGGCUCCUCCUAAACCUGGUGGCAAAGCCAAAAAAGUGGUUGGGCUGGUGAAGUUAGCUCUGGAGGCAGGAAAGGCCACCCCGGCGCCUCCUGUGGGGCCUGCAUUGGGAGCCAAGGGUGUGAAUAUUAUGGCUUUCUGUAAAGAUUACAAUGCCCGUACUGCCGAUAAGGCUGGUUACAUUAUUCCUGUCGAAAUUACAAUCUAUGAUGAUAGGAGUUUCACUUUUAUCUUGAAGACUCCACCUGCUUCAGUCUUGCUGCUGAAAGCUGCAGGAUUGGAGAAAGGUUCUAAGGACCCAAAGCUGGAGAAAGUUGGGAAGGUAACGAUUGAGCAGUUGCGGACAAUUGCACAAGAAAAGUUGCCUGAUCUGAAUUGUUCAACUAUAGAGUCAGCAAUGAGAAUUAUAGCCGGCACUGCUGCAAAUAUGGGGAUUGACGUUGACCCUCCUGUUCUUGAACCAAAAAAGAAAGAGCUCGUGUGAGCCUUGAAUGGAGUGGAAUUGCAUUCAAGAUUAGUACAUUAAUUUGUUAUAUCACAAUUUUGUUGUAAUAGUCGUGGCACUGGAUUAACUUUAGAAGUAUGUGAUUGCUGAUCUUGAUCA